UGUCAACAGACGAAAACACGAACACUGGAUCAACGUUUAGCUUUUAUUACGCCACAAAAGAAAAUGUAACCUGAUUUGUUAUAGAAAUGUGUUGAUUAAUAAACUUUUCACGUUUAUUGGGUUGGAUUAAAUCAAAUACAAGGUGUAUCUCAAUGAUGACGUAUUAUAAAAGUCCACAAAAGAGGGCGUUACGUUCGUAACUUCGGUAUAUAAAAAGUGUGACUGAAUUCUAAUUCAGAAAGCAGAUUUUAAACGAAGUCGCUCGCAUAACGCGGGAGUUAUUAUCAAACCAAAAUGUGGUUACAAACCAGUGUUCUUGUGCUUUGUCUUGGAUUAUCCAACGCCGCCGUUACCUGGCAGUUACUACCAUUCGAAGGGGAUUGUACUAAAUUCUAUUUCCAGAUCGGUCCCAACUCCGUCUUCAAGUUCGAGUUGAAAUGUAGCAAGGAUCAAACGUUUUCAGCCACCACCAAGCAAUGUGUUACAAAGUUUGGUCGUUUAGAUGACUGCAGUAUGCGAUCACCACCAGAACUCAUAGCUCGAUCCUACGAUGAAGGCAAAUCAAUCUGUGCCACUGAUCCAACCGCUGUUUUCGCUGACGAGGAGAACUGCGCCGGUUUUUACAACUGCUCUAAAGUUGUCGUAGAUGACACUGGCAACCUCCCUCCAUUCCGAGACGAAUGUCCCUACCCAGCCUUGUUCGAUAGAAUAAACAAACGAUGUGAUAUGGACUACACCACCAUUGAACCACAGUGUGGUAGUAGAAAGAUUAAACCCAGUCCAUGUGACCAAUUACAAAACCAGUGUCCACGAGCUCACUGUAUCCCUUGUGGGGUAAGAUACCCUAACUGUGUGGGUAAACGCAAUGGCUUCCAAGAGUGGGAAGGUCGUUCAUUUUCCCCGUACUACGCCAACUGCCAGGAUGGCCGUACACUAGAAGCUGGUACUUGUGCCCGAUCUCGAAGUGGUUCACCAAGAAUUUUUUCACCAACUCAGAAAGAAUGCGUUGACGUUGAUUCUAAGACCCUUUUCGGCAACUAA